AUGGUCAAGAGGCAAAACAACCGGACAGCCCUACACAUGUCGUGUCUGCAAGGACAACAGACCGCGCAUGAAGUCGAACCGCCAGGGCCACGCAAAAACUUCGACCCACCAGCACGCCUUGAGAGUCAAAACGUACCACAACGCCCCGAGAAUCCGCCACCCCAGCAUGUUGUUUUCGGAGACGACAUAAUGAUGGGAGCAAUGGAACAAAUGAAUUCAUCUGGGUAA